AUGAAGUCAUUCGCUUAUCCAGCCCUUGCUUUUGCUUCUUUACUCUCCGUCACAUCAGCACACACUCGCUUCACGACCUUGCACAUCAAUGGUCGAUCUCAGGGCGAUGGUGUCUGUAUCCGUCAAGACCAGAACCCUGGCACAACCACGAACUUCUUGCCUUCACUGACAGGCUCUGAGAUGGCAUGCGGCAUUGACGGCACAAUCCCAAAUCCUAGCAUCUGCUCUCUCAAUGCCGGCGAUCAGAUCUCUCUCGAACACCGAAUGUGGCCAGAUGCCUCUCAACCUGGUGCGAUCGAUGUCUCUCACAAAGGCAACACGGCCAUCUACAUGAAGAAGAUCAACAGCCAAUCUGACCAGGUGGCUGGAGGUGGUUGGUUCAAGAUAUACUGGGACGGUUAUGAUAGCACAACAGGACAAUGGGGUACAGACCACAUGAAUGCCAACAAUGGACUAGUGACAACCAAUGUACCCACUUAUCUCGCUGCCGGAUCAUAUCUCAUACGUUCUGAAGUGCUGGCACUGCAGAAUGUCGGAGAACCACAAUUCUAUGUUGGGUGUGCGCAGGUCCAGCUUUCUGGUUCAGGGUCUGCGGCGCCCUCGAAUACCACGACAAUUCCCGGCUAUAUCGACAUGUCGACGUCUGCAAUGAAUGUCAACAUCUAUGAAUCAUUCACCUUCACAGAAUACGGUCCUUCUGUUUAUGGUUCUGGAGGGAGCAGUGGUAAUGCCACAAGCAAAUCAUCCUCCGGUAGCAGCAGUGGCGUCAAUUCAGCGUUCGCAAGUGGCUCGAGCUCAACCGUGGGUACUGAUGUACUUGUGAAUUCCGAAUCUACAAGCACCAGCAAGACCAGCAAUAUGACCACUUCCACCGUCGAUACUUCUGACUCGAGCGCAAACUCAAAGGAACCCUCGUCUACGAGUGGCUGGACUGGUGAUUCUGGCGAUAGCUCUGAGGUUGAUGCCGAAGCGGACGAGGAGAGUACAAUCAAUGGGGGCGAUGAUGACAACGCUGAGAUCGCAGACGACAGCGACCAGAAUGGUUCUCAUGGUUGGCAUCAAUGGAGCAGAUGGAACGAUGUGAAGACGCGUGUAAGAAGGAGUAUUGCGGCACUGAACAUGCGAGUAUAG